GUCACGCGAGCCUUCCAAUGAGUAAAGCUCGUGCACGUGUCUUCCUCGGGCUACAGUGCUGAAACUAAAUGAAAAACUUGACAGUUUUCAACCAAGUUUAGCUAGGUGUUGCGAUUGUUUUUUUUAGUUUUUUGUCUCUGGGAUGAUCACUGUCCCAACUAUCACACCCACAGAGGAUUUUACAAGGGUUAAUGGCCUAAACAGCCUCUAUGGAGAGAAAACUUGAGAUUUGCAGCCCAUUCAUUCCACGGCGCAACCCUGCAAGAAAAACAAGUGCAGAAAUAAUCACUGAAGCCAGACAGUCCCUUCGAGUCCAGUCUACCCAGCGACCGUUUACUCCCAGAGAUGGACACAGGCAACUUUUUGGAAAUAGCUCUGUUCGUGCAGACCGUGACAACCGACCUCCAUCUACCUUUAGUCUUCAUGCUCAAAGUUUUGAUGCUCCUGACUCCAGGCCAGGUUCAGGGACUCGCCUAUCUCCUCUGGACCAUAAGCCAAAGUUUCCAGUCCUCUGUGAUGCUGAGGAUCCAUUCAAGGCCUUACCCAAACCCCCCACUGACCCACCGGAAGUUAAAAGGGGGCUGCUAGGAGGGCGGGCACGUCUCGUCCGGUCUGGAUCUCUCACCAUAUUGUCUCCUUUAGAGGGACACAUACAUGUGAAAGAGCACUUAAAUCCAGGCCGGGGACAAAAGCAGCCGUCAGCUAAACGACUCCCCAGCACUGACCACACUGAGGUUCGCAGUGGUCCCCUUAAAACUGGCCGAUGCAGAACAGCAAGUGAAAGAAUAAUGCAGCCUGGUGUUGACUCAGGCGUUAGACUCACAGAGGGCAGAGCAGGAUGGAAAACAGAGCUUGGGAAUGAAGACAACACCAAGAGCACAGAGGAGGAUGCAGAGUCAUUGGUGUGGAAUAAUAUGAUUGUUCCUCUUCUCCAACAACUAGAGAGCAUGGCUGCAGGCAGCUCUGAGGGCUCACUGGACAGUCUGUGUGACUUGUGUGACGGUCUUCAUGGCACCUUAGCAGAAGCAGACAUGCUCGGCCGACGCUGUAAGAGGAGGUCAGGGAUACUUCGAACACUGUUCCGCCUCAUUGACCUCAACUCUGCCCAGCUUAACCUGCACAUUGCCAAGCUCUGCCUCGCUCUGUGUGUCAGUGGAAACAACCUGCUUAACAUCUGUAAGCUCAUCUUCCAAAUCAGCCGCAGUGAAAGCAACGACAUCCUCUUUCAGAACAACUCUAUCCUAGGCUCUGUUCUGGAUGUUUUAACCAACGAGGAUGUAUCUUCAUCUGGGGAAGCUCUACUGUACUGUGUUGGGACUUUGAAAUUUCUCUCAGGAAACAGUGCACUCCUCAGACUUCUGCUGGACAAGAACUGUGUUGGUGUGGCUCAGAAACUAAUUCAGAGGCUCUGCACAGCAGAGGACACCAACUUCACUAUAGCAGGGCACAUCCUUGUUCAGCUGACAGCAACUUUGAGGAACCUUGCAGAUCACCCAGAUUCCCGCCCACUCUUCAUCUCCUUCUCUGUGCUGUCAGAACUCUGUCUGGUGCUUCGUCAUCACUGCAAAGACCUGGACAUCUGCACCAACAUUUCCAGAAUAUAUAGUAAACUCUCCUCUUACUCGGAGUGCCGCCUCGCUCUGGCCCAGACCCCCGACUGCUACCAACUAUUUUUAGAACUGCUGAGCAAACAUCACCAAAAACAGGACCUUGUUGUGCGCCUUCUUUUCACCCUCGGGAACCUCACAGCCAAAAGCGAAGAGGCUCGGCAGCAGCUCUUUCAGUGCGAGGCCUGCAUGGACACACUCCUACAGCUGUACGACACCUACCAGCGCAGAGACAACUCACCACACACACCCCCACAGAAAGGCCCGCUUUCCCCCAGCGAGCCUCAGGCCCCUCCAGGGAGUGUGCAGGUGGAUGAGGACGUGCUGGUGAAGCUGGUCAGGGUGCUGGCGAAUAUGUGCAUACACCCGGCUGUAGGUCCAGCUCUGGCAAACAACACAAUCUGCAUUCAGCUGCUGAUGGAGACAAUUGAGCUGAGGUCUGUGCAGGAAAGCGAUGAACUAUUGGUGAAUGUGGCUGCCACCAUCAACAACCUGUCUUUUUACCAGGAGGAAAGCUCUGCACUCAGACGCAGUCAGCUCACCAUUGCAAAGUUGAUGUUGAAGUUGGUGCUCAGCCCAAGUAGGGACGCCAUGCUUGAAGCCACCCGUGUAUAUGGAAAUUUGUCACAGUUCAAGGAUGUGCGGGACUUUAUUAUGCAAAACAAAGUGCACCAGUUUGUAGUGACGCUGCUCGACUCAAAAAGCACUGAGAUGUGUUUUUCAGCCUGCGGGGUCCUCACCAACCUGGCUCUGGACCCUGCCAACAGGGACAGUCUCUCAGUGGAGGGGGCUGCUGCCAAGCUUGUGGACUGUCCUGAAGACUUCGGACCUCGUGAUUGGCAGCUGGCGGGCCAGGUUUGUCAGGCGUUGUGGAACAUGAUUGUUUGUGGUUCAGAGAAGCUGCUGCACACACAGGAGAGAGAGUCACUGCUGGAGAUCCUCACUACAUGCUUAGAUGAACAGGAGGCUCUGAAGUGGAUAGAAAAUGAAGAUAUGAGGGAUUUCCACAGGGCAUGCUGGGAGUUAGAGUUCAUACCUGUAGCUCAAAAACUGAUAAAGACGCUCCGGCCUCUGGACCUAACAGCCUGACAAAGUUUGAGUUGCAUGUUGUCAUAGAAAUCUUAGUAUUGUUUUAAACUUUUCAAUACACAUUCUAACUAUUAUACACUUACUUUCAGUGGGUUAAAAACACCUUUAAAAAUGUCUCAAACCACAAUUCAGUUUUCCACUGUCCAUCUAUAAUAUGCUUCAAGCUGACUGUUAAUGUCAUUGUUUAAUGAAACUACAAACCUUUUAGGCCAACAGGUUGUCAGCGUGUCAUAUUGAAAACCACAGAUUUUGAGUGGUUGAUGAAAUAUUAUGAAAGAGAUGAGUAGCAGGGUGAAUCUGUUUAAAUGUGUGUGGAUGUUAUAAUUACCAGAUUGUUUUUAUCAAUUCUGUAUACUUUAUACACAAGGUCUUCAUUUUAUUUAUUUUCUUAACCUUUUCAAUCCCAAGACAAUUUCUUAAUUUUCAUUUAAAAAAUGUGUAGCCUUUUUUCACUUUCAUUUUCAUAAAGCAGACGCCUUGAUUUUCUGGGUAUCUUCACAAGUACAGGGAUAAUUUAAUUCAAGCUCUUUGCACAUUUCCAGACUUGCACAGUUUUGUAGCUCACUGUGUUGUAAAGGUUCUUUUAUGAUAAUGUAGUCCUGAUGGAUAACUGACUUGGAAUUUACCACAUAAGUAAAUCUUUUAUUUUCUGUGGAUUGUGUGACAUUGUAACUUGUACAUAAUAAAGCACAAGAAAGUGGAAAAACAUGUUUGCUUCUCAAAGCCUUUAUUAUUACACAGAUAUGGGGCCAGGCAGUGCUUGCCAGUUACACCAAAUAGCCUAAAGUACAGUAUUUCAAAAUCACAUCGUUAUUACAUCAAAACAAAUCAGAAACGGCACUUAAUGCAAAAAUCCCCGUUUUCACAAAAUAGGAACCUUAAAACAACCACAAGACAAGCCAAUGUUAAAAAAUAAAAAACAAAUAGAACUCUACACCAUUCAUUAGCCAGAGAUACUAACAAGCAUUGUUCUCUACAUUUAAUUUGUCAGAUUGAUAUGAAAGACAGUUGGCUGGCUGAUAUCAAGGCUGCUCAAUGUUUCCUAUUCCAUAUAUUGUCUGGGAAAGCCACCGAAAUGUGAAGGCAGUUUAGUCAGUGGGCAUAAUACUGAUUUUGUCCUGGUAUUUGUGAAUUGACAGACAGGCCUUGAUGGGAAACACCCUGAACUUCGGACAGCCUCAAUGGGAGAGUGAAGGAUCUUUCCCAGUUAGGUGGGACUAGAGGUAAACACGAAAGAGAGGUAAGAGAAACUUUGUCCUUGACCACACCACAAGAACAGGGACCAUUACCCGGUUCCCAGGGAGUCAUACAGUUCUCCAGCUUGUACAGUAAAAUGACAUUCACAUGAAAGUCCCUGGAUUGUACUGAUUACAAACUGAGUUCAGUUUACUGUUGAUGAGUCAGCUUUAUUAGCAAAGAGUUGAGUGUACUUUGAACAUAAGCUGAUAGAAUUAACCCCAUGAGUCAUCUUACCAUGGGCUAUUUCAUUUCCUAUACUUCCCGCACAGUGGAAGUGAGCUGAUAUUGACACUGACUGUGCUAUGUUCGAUUCCUAAAUUGCGUAGGCCUCUCCACAUCGAAUAUGUCUUUGAUGAAGCAUUGAAAUCAGAUUUGUUUAGGAGAAAACUACAAAUGAUACACAAUUCAAUUUCAUAGUUUAUUUCUUUUCAUAUUUUCAUAUAAAAAAAGUGUCAGUAACUGACGUCAGUCAGAAGUUUGAAAAAAAAAGCUCAACUUCCUCUCAAAACACUUCCAAAUGUACCAUUCCUUUAUCAACAUCGCCUCUCCCCCUCAUCACUCAUUCAUCUGUCUGAAUCUCUCAAUCCACCCUCAGAAGAAUGCAGUAAGUUACUGGUUUUAGUAAACAAAAAACAAAACAGCAGAAGUUUCUCACCUCUGUUCAAAAUGUAUAA